CGCCUGGUGUGGAUCUCCUUCCUGCCUGCGGAGUACAGACAGAAGAGAGGUGAAGGAGUUGGACCCGAAGGAGAGUUUGACCCAAAGGAGAGUUUGACCCAAAGGAGAGUUGGACCCAAAGAAGAGUUGGACCCAAAGGAGAGUUGGACCCAAAGGAGAGUUGGACCCAAAGAAGAGUUGAACCCAAAGGAGAGUUGGACCCAAAGGAGAGUUGGACCCAAAGAAGAGUUGAACCCAAAGAAGAGUUGAACCCAAAGAGGAGUUGGACAAGCUUUAAUAAAACAUAAUUUAAACAUAGCUGGCUAAAUCGUAACCUCUCGCUUUUAACUUAGAUUUGUGAAACAACACGUUCGUUUUUUUUUUCUCCCAAAGUUCACGGACAUGUUUGAGAAGAUCGCUCGUAGUUAUUAACUUGUUACCGGUGUUUACGGUGUCUACCAUCACCACCCGGUGUACCCGUUUACCCCUCCAGUCCCUGGGCCCUGUCUCUCUCUUCUGCCUCUCAGCUAACCUCGAUCUGGGAAAGAUGGUGUCGUGGAUGAUCUCCAGAAGCGUUGUGCUCGUCUUCGGGACCCUGUAUCCUGCAUACUAUUCCUACAAAGCAGUGAAAACAAAAAAUGUCAAGGAAUAUGUCCGUUGGAUGAUGUACUGGAUUGUGUUUGCUCUCUACACCGUAGUGGAGACCAUCACAGACCUCACUGUAGCCUGGUUCCCCCUGUACUAUGAGAUUAAGAUAGCAUUUGUUAUCUGGUUGCUGUCUCCCUACACCAGAGGAGCUAGUCUCAUCUACCGGAAGUGUCUCCAUCCUCUACUGUCCUCGAGAGAGAGGGAGAUAGAUGAGUACAUUGUCCAGGCCAAGGAGCGUAGCUACGAGACCAUGGUGACCUUCGGCAAGCAGGGCCUAAGUAUAGCUGCUACUGCAGCUGUCUCCGCAGCUGUCAAGCACUGA